UUGUUAGAUAAGGCAGUUUGUGGACCUUCAUUCGAGAAAAACUACGCUGGAACUGCAAAGCUCAUUGGAAAUAGGGCUGCGAAAAGGCUGCGGAAGCUGGAACGAGAAAAGACAAAAGGACGUGAUUGGUUCGAUCUUCCUGCCCCUGAACUAACUGAUGAGACCAAAGCUGAUUUGGAACUACUUCAAAUGCGAGCUGCCAUUGAUCCCCUUGCGUUUUAUCGCCGAAACGAUCGCUCUGUUCUUCCGAAAUAUUUCCAAGUUGGCCGAGUUGUCGAUGCCCCUGAAGACUUCUAUUCCGGCCGUAUGACUAAAAAGGAGAGGAAACGGACCAUGCUUGAUGAAUUGCUAUAUAAUGAAGCAUUUAUUCAGUCGAAGCGAGAAAAGAGGGCUGGUAUAUUCCACUUAGACUUUACUAUCUGCGAAAAUAAGAUCCUGUCAUGA